UUGUGUAGUGUAUCCUAUAACAAUUUUUUUUUUUUUCAAUUAAACUAUAGCAACGUUUUCUCCGCAAAUGCGGAAAAGAAAAAUCCCGACGAAGAAACAUCCACAGGAAAGCAAUCCCCUGUAGCGAGGGACUGACAGAAGGAGACAUCGACGGCAUCAUUGGGCAGCCAAUCUACACCGAGCACACAGGGCGUGCGCACUGAACACUUAUUUCCAAGCAAUAUCAACUGUUGGUACCCUAUUCUUGCAUCCGGCCAGCCCCAAUGGCAUUUGCAACCGCAGCUGCGGCGGCUGCGUUAGCAAGGCCCUCCUCCGUAUUCCUGGUAAACAGACCAAGCGGUCGUUGGGUCUUCAAGCCCCUCGCUGUUUCUUCAUUCUCAUCUCCAUCUUCGCCUUCCGCACCUUCUCGAAGGCUCGUCCUUUACUCGAAGCCCGGUUGCUGCUUAUGCGAUGGUCUCAAAGGCAAACUUCAAGCUGUUUUCUUGCUCUCUGGUCCUGAUUCACUUCAUGAUGUAGAUUUGCAGAUAAGGGAUAUAACUAGCAAUCCGGAAUGGGAAAGAGCUUACCAAUAUGAGAUACCCGUGUUGACCAAAUUACACACCGAUGGCACAGAGGAAAUUCUACCGCGAUUGUCUCCUCGUCUCGGAGUGGAACUCCUCCAAAAGAAGAUAGCCGCCGCUUUCAGACAAUAGAAGAUGAGAAUAAAAGGGACCUUUUAUACAAGACUCGGGAAGCAGCUAGAGAUGAUUGUUUCAUAUCAUUUUAACUAUCUAGUCAAUGCCGCUUUUCCUGAAUCAUAUCUUUUAGACUUCUCGUGCUCAUGUUCCGUGUAAUAAACUCAUUCAAGUAUUUUCUAACUCCAUUAAUUGAAACACGACCUAUUUGGAUGUGAUUGAAUUGUUCUCA